AUUAGACAAAAUGUCUAAUGGAGUCACCUACAACAAGGUGUUUGAGAAAGUGUGGGGUGCUUCUGGUGGCUGGGCAGUUAUCACUUGCCCAUGUGGGGUUGUGUUUUCAGUCAAAUUCAACCUUAGAGCAGAGAGUCCACGUGACUUUGUGGAUCUCUUGCUGUCCUGGAAACACCUCCCCAAUGUGGCUGUGUAUGAUUAUGCCUGGGGUCUGGCACUGCAUGCCAACCGCAGGCAGCCAGGAAUAUUUGCCCCUUUUCAGGGAAGGUUACUGGAUCCCACCCCAGAGAACGUGAAGCAGGCCUCAGAGGGAAAGGGGAACAGCAAAGACCAGUGUGAGGUUCUAAGAAAGCUGGAGCUUGUGCCUGAACUUGCUGGUCUUAUUAACAGCCAGUGUGCGGAGCAGCUGUUUUCAGGGAUGAGAAAAAACAACUACUUUUUAAAUCAGACAACCCCAUCAACACACAUUUUUCUACAAAGAAACAUUCCCCACCAUUACAACAUGGCAAGGAACCAAAAAAUCAAAAAUCAGUACAGCAAGAUUGUUCCUCCAGAUGUUUCAUUGCAGUUUGCCAGCUAUGGAAGGUUUGUCUUAGCUCACUCCCCAUCAGCUGCGAUGUCAAUUGGGUCAUAUGGGAACGAACAAGAAGACUCUCAAGAGUAUGAGUCAGAAGUUGAAAUGCAGUGUGAUAGCCAUGGAAUGGUAGUCUUAGCUCACUCCCAAUCAACCGUGAUGUCAACUGGGUCAUCAGGGAAAGAACAAGAGGAGUCUCAAGAGUUAAAUGAUGACAGUGAGCAGAGACCUCAUGGAGACUUCCCUAGUCUCCACAAGUUUUCAGCCCACAGAGCAUGCUGGGGACAGAAACUCAAAGACAGCCAGGAACAACUGCUGUCUCAUGUCUUGGAUGAGACCAAAAGUCACACUAAGCACCUUGCAAUGGUGAAUAACAUCAUCCUGACCCACUUUGACUUUUGGACUCUGGGUUUGCAGCGGGACAUGGAGGGAACGAUCCUGAACUCUUGUCUCAAAAUGAUUGAGAAGAGAGUAGAGAACCUGUUUGCUGCAGACAGCUAUGUCCUUUCCACUUGGUUCCCACCAUCAUCGAGGAACGCCAUGGAUCACCUUCCGGAUAAUGCAGCCAGUCUACAGUGGAUUAUUCUCCCAGUGUCCGUACCUGGACAUUGGACACUGUUGGUAGUUCUGUUUUGA